UCUUCCAGCGAUCGGUCGAGUCGACUCGCUUGUUCGGUGUGUUGUAUUUUGUCCCGCAAGGCGACUUAUUCGAAGAAAGUCGACAAGACGGGUACCUCCAUAACUGUUUCGUGUUCCGAAUCCGUACAUACGUGCUGUGCUAUGUGCUUUCUCUGUUUGAUUCACUGGUUUGCUUUAUCGGUGGUUUAUUAAAAGAAGACAAACGAAGCCGGAGGAAUAGGUAUAUUGGUGGUCGUGAUUGCUGACUCAACCAUCACGAUUGCGCGGAAAGGUGCUGAAUGCAAGAGCAAGAAGUGAAAAAAAGAAAGUGAUCAACCCGUUGAAUGUGUUUAUAUCUUAUUCGUGGAUUUUGCGGUGUUUAGUUCAGGAAGUUGCUUCUAUUGGAUGCUACAAGUGAAUGAAAUUUGCAUCUUUUGACAGAAGUGAAACACAAAUCUGCCACGGUGAAACUGGUGCAUUUGGACCGUUUUUCUACCCAGAUAAACCAACAAGGAAGCAAGCACAAAAUGGUACUCCAGAUGGACAACAUGCUCUAUGAGAAUCCGUUGGAUCACUUCCUUACACUAAUCGUGGAUUUCAUCAUUUUCUUCUUCAAAUCAAUCUUCUACACGCUCGAAACCUGCCUCUUGACCUGCAUUCCGUACCGCUUUAGGAAACAUAAGGAUGUCGCUGGUGAAGUUGUACUAAUCACCGGUGGAGGUGGUGGCGUUGGACGUCAUCUGGCGAUGAACUUUGCACGGCUGAGAUCAAGAGUGGUGAUUUGGGAUAUUAACAAAGAUGCGCUAAAAGGCACCGCCGAUGAGCUGGCAUCCGAAGGGUACUACUGUCAUACCUACCUGGUGGACAUUUCCGAUCGGGAGCAGGUGUACGAGGUAGCGAAAAAGGUCAAAGAAGAAGUCGGUGACGUAAACAUUUUAGUGAACAAUGCCGGAAUCGUCGCCUGUAGAACGUUGUGGGAUCUGUCGGACAAAGCCAUCGAGAGUACUUAUGCGGUUAACAUUCUUUCACAUUAUUGGACUACAAAAGCCUUUUUGCCGGAGAUGAUGAAAUCCAACAAGGGACAUAUUGUGACAGUAGGAUCUGUUGCCGGUUUGCUUGGAACCUAUGGUUGUACGGAUUACAGUGCCACCAAAUUCGCUUGCGUCGGAUUCCAUGAAGCACUAUUCACCGAAUUGAGGACCCACGGUUACGACAAAAUCCACCUGACGUUGGUCUGCCCGUAUUACAUCAACACCGGAAUGUUUGCCGGAUGCAAACCCCGUCUGCUACCUAUGCUGGAGCCUAAAUACGUUGCCGAUAGUAUGGUCAAAUCGAUUCUAAAGAACGAAGUCAACUGCACCUUGCCAGAUAACGUACGCAUGUUCCUGCCCCUCAAAUGCCUGCUACCAGCUAAGGUGUGCUGGGAGAUGAUGUACCGUAUCAUGAAAGGUCCCCAGACGAUGAUGGGCUUCCGUGGUAGGGGUAAAGCCACUGCUGGCUAAAAUGUGGCACUUUUACCAAAAGGAAUUUCUUGCAUUACUGAAUAGUUCGCUAGUUUAAUAAGAUAACCGUUUCUAUUGAUUUAUCACCAUGUCGAGUUCAAUAGUAUCUUACUGAUUUAUAUUUCUAAAAACUAAUUUAUAGCAAUAAGCAAACUUUGAAACUGUAUUUUUUGUUGUAUAACGCCUUGUGCAACAGCUUUUUGUUGUUAUAAUAUAUAAACGAUGUUUCUUCGGAACGUUUUGAAAUGACUCAAAAUGUGCUACUGGUAACGUUGUGUGCUAAAUGACUAGAAAAGGUCAUAAAAGUAAUCCAAACCCUGACCCAAUUCCCACAGUGAUAUUCCAGUACCCAACUCGCGAGCCAGUUUCAGCCGUGCAUUGAUGGAAUACAGUGUUGGGUAAAAUACCAUGUGACGACCAGUCGAUGUUCUGAAAAGUAAUAAAUAAAAGAUUUAC